UCCCGCAGCGCUCGCCUGGUUCUCGAGGCCCGCUGCGGCAGAGGAGCAGGAGGAGGAGCGGCAGGGAGCGGGCGGGGCCGCCGCCGAGGGCGCGGCGGACGAGGCCGAGGCCGAGAUCAUCCAGCUGCUGAAGCGAGCCAAGUUGAGCAUCAUGAAAGAUGAGCCAGAAGAGGCUGAGCUAAUUUUACAUGACGCUCUUCGUCUUGCCUAUCAGAGUGAUAACAGGAAGGCCAUCACUUACACUUAUGAUUUGAUGGCCAACUUAGCAUUUAUACGGGGUCAACUUGAAAAUGCAGAAAAACUUUUUAAAGCAACAAUGAGUUACCUGCUUGGAGGGGGCAUGCAACAGGAAGACAAUGCAAUAAUUGAAAUCUCCCUAAAACUGGCCAGUAUCUAUGCUGCUCAAAAUAGACAGGAAUUUGCUCUUGCUGGCUAUGAAUUCUGCAUUUCAACUCUAGAGGAAAAAAUUGAAAGACAAAAGGAAUUAGCAGAAGACAUUUUGUCAGUGGAAGAGAAAGCCAGCACCCACCUCCUCCUUGGCAUGUGCUUAGACACCUAUGCUCGCUACCUUCUGUUCUCCAAGCAGCCGUCACAGGCACAGAGGAUGUACGAAAAAGCUUUGCAGAUUUCUGAAGAAAUGCUAGGAGAAAGACACCCACAGACCAUUGUGCUGAUGAGUGACCUGGCGACCACCCUGGACGCGCAGGGCCGCUUCGACGAGGCCUGCGUUUACGUGCAGAGGGCGUCCGACCUGGCCCGGCAGAUCGAGCACCCCGAGCUGCACAUGCUGCUCAGUAACCUCGCUGCCAUCCUGAUGCACCGAGAGCGAUAUGCACAAGCAAAAGAGAUCUACCAGGAAGCGCUGAAGCAAGCAGAGCUGAAAAGAGAUGAGGUUUCUAUACAGCACAUCAGGGAAGAGUUGGCCGAGCUGUCAAGAAAAAGUAGACCUUUAACUUAAUUUGAUGAAGCGCUAAAUCCCUUUUUGUUGUAGGGCAUUUUCAGCAACAGCGAUUAGUCCGGUCUCAGUGACGCCCAAAUCAAUGGCUUAGAUCCUUUCUCCUUGAUAUUCAAGUUUUGUCAACGUAGCUAUGGUGAAGGACAAGUUGUAUACACUGCCACUUUGUGUUUUUAAAGGAAAAACAGCUUUCACCCCUGGCCGAUUUUGAUUCUUAAGGACAGAUGUCAAGUGAUGCUUUCAGUCGUAACCUACUGGUGAGAUGCCGUCCGUGCUGGUCUCGGUGGAACUGUGGAUGGAGAUGGGCCAGGUUUCCCUUGGGUGGGUGUGUGGUGAGUCAGCCAGGCAUCUCUAGCCUAAGAUUUUGAUCCAUUGAUUCGCUACCCUCUUUUUCAUUUUAUCGCUAUCUGGCAGAUCAGAGCUACAUGUCUCAUGGCAAAGGGGGAUUAUGGUGAGUUAUUUUUCUUCUCUCUUUCAUGAAGCCCAGUGUGGGAUGUAAUGCAUAGUGGAGCAAAAGUAUUGUCUUGGUUUGCACCAGCGUCCAGCAUGACGUUUUAAAGUAGGAAUUAGGCCCUUGAAAAUAUACCCAUUUAAUUAUAAGUAAAAGUGAACUGUAUGUUUUUAUAUCUGGUUACAUACGACUACGAAAAAGGGGAAAAAGGAAUGAUACGAACUCUUGUCGAAGCUGUUGGAGCACUCCACUUCCUUUGCAGCCUCGGUCCCUGACCACCAGGCUGCACCCCCAAACCUUCGGUCUCAGGGUAGGGCCUUACCAGUACAAUAUGUGAAGUCUCCCCAGUGAUUCUGACAUGUACUUGCUGGUACAGCAGAAGGAUCACUUAUCUGGAUCCUAGUCCUGGCUUUUUGUGUUUGGGUCUCAGUAUCCUCGUCUGUAAAGUAGGGGACCGAUGAGGUUCUCUUUUAGCUGUAGGAGAACGUAUUUGGUCAGAUGACCUUAAAUGACUAGAUUACUGUGUUGAAAGAGCCUUAUCACACUGCCUCAGAGUGCAUAAAGUAUAAACGUACGAGCUAGGCAGAAGGAUGCUUUUACCUCCGAAGUCUUGCAAAGAGCCAUUUGCCUGGGGGAAAGGCAGUUUUUGUAGGUGCCAUGAAGGAACACUACUGUUGGUAAGCCUUUGGGGGUGGGGGUGUGAGUGGGAAUGAUAAACAGAUAUUUUUGUUUCCUGUGUACAUACUGGAAGAAUCCUUUCAUAAUAAACUAGAGACUCUACAACAACA